AUGGACACCAAUAACUUCAAAGUGACCAGUUCACGCUACAAAAUACACACGGCGGAAGAAUUCCCAGAGUUACGCAAUGAUCUUAUUCUUCAAGCUGCUAGGGGCAAGAAGACAGCCCGAGCCCCAACAUGGAUAAUGAGGCAAGCGGGGCGUUAUUUACCUGAAUUCAGAAAACUGCGCGAAAGCCACUCAUUCUUUGAAAUCUGUCAAACGCCUCAACUAGCAUGCGAGAUAACGAUGCAGCCGAUAUUGCGUUAUGAGGGAUUAUUAGAUGCGUCAAUAAUCUUCUCGGACAUACUAGUAAUUCCACAGGCAUUAGGUAUGGAAGUGCAGAUGUUACCAGCCCAAGGGCCUCAUUUCCCCGCGCCGCUAGAGUCGCCUGAAGACAUAGGGCGAUUGCACAAACACGUCGACGUUGACGAGGAGCUAUCGUAUGUAUUCCGUGCGAUAACGCUGACGCGCCACGCUCUAUCUGGCCGCGUCCCACUGAUCGGGUUUGCCGGUGCGCCGUGGACGCUAUUUGCAUAUAUGGUAGAAGGCGGCGGAAGUAAGACGUUUGCGCGUGCCAAGCGGUGGUUGUUCGACUGGCCCGAGGCGAGCGAUGGUGUGCUCGAGCGCAUAACGGCCGUGCUCAUCCCCUAUCUCGUCGGGCAGGUGCGUGCGGGUGCGCAGCUCCUGCAGGUGUUCGAUAGCUGGGCUAGUGAGCUGUCUCACCACCACUACGUCCGCUUUGCUCUGCCCGCUCUGCGUAGAGUUAAGGAGGGCGUACAUGCACAGUGUAACGCUGAAGGUAUUACCACUCCCCCGCUCAUCGUCUUCGCGAAGAACGUCACUCAUACUGUCCUCCCACUCCUCGAAGAAAUCGGCUUCGACGUCGUCGGGCUCGAUUGGACUACAGCGCCAAGCGAAGUCAGCAACCGCACUAGCGCUGUACAGGGCAAUUUCGAUCCAAGUAUUCUAUACGCCUCCGAUGAGGCUAUUAGGAGCGAAGUUAAAACUGUCGCUAAUAUGUUCAAACAUAGGAACACCCCCGGUUGGAUAUCUAAUCUUGGUCACGGCAUCACGCCAGGCGUCAAGCCAGAGAGUGUGAGAGUGUUCCUUGAGGCUGUACAGGAGUGUAGCAGGGAAUGA